AUUUAUUUAGUGGGUCUCCAUGGCCAAGCCAGGAUUCGAACCCAGAGCCAAUAGUCCACACUGGCUCCAGCAAUCCGCUCCUUCUUCCCAAAUGCCUUCACUGCAAAAGAAGGCACCAUAAAAUGGACCUGAUCCUGAACUGCCGGCCGGUGUGUGGCCAAUGGCAAGAGCUGGUGGACUCCAGAGCUCUCUGGAAGCUCAGGCUCAAGGGCUGGAUCUGUUUCUAUUUCAUAAGGAGACCAAAUGCAUACUAUGCUUUGUAUCACCUGGAGAAGAACUUGACCCAGAACCCUUGCGGCGGAGAAGGCUUGGAAUUCUGGGAAAUCGUGACACCUGAAGAGGAGGCGAGAAAAGGCCAAUGGGAAGUUCGGGCAGUGUCCGGUGCGGGUAAAAUGACGCUGACGACAAGUUAUUUUCUUCAGAGGAAUGCCUACAGAGGAGAGAAGGUCCAGCAUGAGGUGAAUAAAUGCUUCGCUGCAACGAUUGGGUGAGGACUGUGGCCACCUUUGAGCCGAAAUUCACAAACCCAGGAACCACACAAGAAUAACCAAAAGCAGCGUCACCAUCGGGACAAGUAUUGUAGAGUAUUAUUAAUGUGAAGACCAUUAUUACAAUGAUGGAGACGACUGAUUCCAGCGGUUACAUUUACUUCCAUGCAUCACCUCCACAGACUCCAAGUGGUGCUUGAUUUGAAGGGGGGGGGGGGAAACACCCACCAAAUAAUAACAUAUGGUUGUAUCUGUGUCGUUUUCUGCCUGGAUCUAUCAGAGCUGGGGUUUGCAAGCCGAUGGUCUUGGUGCAGGGAGAGGGAAAAAGCAGUGGCCACGCAUGAUCAAGAUCGUUGGUUGUUGUAUUGUUGUGUGUUUUUGUUGUAUUCCUUGAAUGUUUUCAAAGGAACUUGUUAUAAAAUGUCACGUUAAAU